AUGAACAAGCCAGCUCUCAUUUUUUUCUCUAUAUUGUCCCUGAUUAUAGUCUUCACGCUCCAUCUUUUCUGGGGACCCAUCAAAUUAUUUUUUAUAGACUAUCGAACAGACAUUUUGCAAGCAAGCGACUUGCCGGAUGAUUUCACUUAUUCGCCCAUUGAUAACACAACCGAAAACAUCCCCCGUGUUAUCCAUCAGACUUGGAAAACCGAGGAUAUUCCUGACAGAUGGAAGGAUGCCCAGCAAAGCUGCAUUAAUUUGCAUCCCGACUUUGAAUAUAAACUCUGGACGGAUGAGGCGAUGCGAGAAUUUAUGAAAGAAAACUAUUCCUGGUUUCUACCAAAGUACGAUGCGUAUCCCUUUAACAUAGAACGCGCUGAUGUCGUUCGCUACUUCAUCCUGUACCAUUACGGUGGUAUUUAUUUAGACUUAGAUGUUGGUUGUAAUCGUUCGAUGAAACCUUUACUGGAGUAUCCCGCGUUUGUUCGGAAAACAAGCCCCAGUGGUAUUAGCAAUAACGUUAUCGGAAUUAGGAAAAAACAUCCUUUUCUGCUCCAAGUCAUCCGUUCUCUACCGUCGUAUGCCUUCAAUUAUCAUUUCCCUUACUUAACGGUGAUGUAUUCGACGGGUCCCUUGUUCUUUUCUGUCGUUUGGAGAGCAUGGCGAAGUCUCCCCAUGGCUGAAAAUUGGCACCACAUUUGGGUCUUAAACUCUGAUGUAUAUACCGGUUUUAACCACUCGUUUUUCAACAUCUAUGAAGGAUCAUCCUGGCAUAAUGACGAUGCUGGGCUUGUAUUUUAUCUUCUCCGACAUUGGUUAUUAUUGACUGUAUUAGGAUUUAUACUAUUUUUCUUUAUCAUUUUCUUGAUCUUUGGAUCAUCCCUAAAGCCUGCUGCUAGAGUCUCUCGAUCGAGCAGACGAGCUUUUGGUAGUCCAUUUUCAAGCAAAUCUUCCUCUCCUUGGAGAAAAAUCAAGCAAUACGUCUCCACCGAUGAAAAUAGUGAUCAGCAAAAUUCUGAUGCUGUUCCCUUUAUGGCCGAGUUCGACCUUGAAUCUCAAACGAGGCCAAAGAGCCGGUGA